ACUCAAGUGAUUCUCCUGCCUCAGCCUCCCCAGUAGCGGGCAAUACAGGUGUGCAUCACCAUGCCUGGAUAAUCUUAAGACUGGGCCUGAUGCAAUUUUUACCUUCUCUCCAUUUGGCCCUCAGCAAUUCAUCAAUUAAAAUUUAGGGUUUCUAACCUCGGUACUGUUUCCCACAAAAGGUUCUACUCAUGGGAUUCUGUCUCAGUUAAGUUAUGGAAUCUUCUCAGUUGGGUAGGAAAGUCCCAUCCAAAAUACCAUGAAAGGUUUAACUUUGUAACAAGCAUUUUUUUUUCUUUUCUUUUCUUGUUUUUAAAUGUCUAUGUGCUAAUGCUAACAUUUUUCUGCACACUAAUUAGUGGGACUUUGUUAUAACAUGUGCUGCAGAUUCAUUGUACAAAGAGGCAUUAGGGGUGACCUGGGGAGCACAUCUUUCUCCCUGGAUUCACCAAUAAGACAUGAUUUCCUGUUCACUGUUGCUCUACCCAGCAGUUAUAUACUAGCACCAGAAUUGCAGUAUGAGAGGACACGGGUAUAGAAAGAGAUUAACAGUCUGAGAAAAUCAUGGAAUAAAUGCUUAGAGUCACCACCAUCAUGUAAACUUCUUACCAAUAGAGUAUAUGUCCCCAAUGCUGUCAGUCUCCACUAUCUUCUACACAUAUGGGAUGUUUCAGGACUCAGUGGCCUUUGAGGAUGUGGCUGUCAACUUCACCCUGGAGGAGUGGGCUUUGCUGGAUCCUUCCCAGAAGAAUCUGUACAGAGAUGUGAUGCAGGAAACCUUGAAGAACCUGGCCUCUGUAGGGACAAAAUGGAAAGACCAGAACAUUGAAGAUCAGUACAAAAAUCCCAGGAGAAAUCGAAGAAGUCUUAGGGGAGAGAGACGCAUUGAAAGUCAACAAAGUAGUCAGUAUGGAGAAAGCUUCGGCCAGGUUCCAGAUCAUAUCCUAAACAAGAAAACUCCCAGAGUAAAACCCUGUGAAAAGAGUGUGUGUGGAGAAGUCUCCACUGGUCAUUCAUCUUUGAAUACACACAUCAGAGCUGACACUGGACACAAACCGUAUGAGUAUCAGAAAUAUAGAAAAAAGCCAUACACACAUAAGCAACGUGAGAAACCCUUCAGUUAUCGCUACUCCUUUCGAACACGUGAAGGGCCUCCCACUGGAGAGAAACCCUAUGAUUGUAAGGAAUGUGGACAAACCUUCAUUUCUCUCAUAGACUUUCGAAGACACAUGGUAAAGCAUAGUGGAGAUGGACCUCAUAAAUGUAAGUUUUGUGGAAAACACUUUGCUUCUCUCAGUUUAUAUCUUAUACAUGAAAUAAUUCACACUGGAGAGAAACCAUAUAAAUGUAAACAAUGUGGUAAAGCUUUUGGUUGGUACAGUUCUGUUCGAGCACAUGAAAGAACUCACACUGGAGAGAAGCCCUAUCAAUGUAAGCAAUGUGGGAAAGAAUUCAUUCAUUACAGUUCCUUUCAUAGACAUGAAAGGAUUCACACAGGACAGAAGCCGUAUGAAUGUAAGGAAUGUAGGAAAGCCUUCAACUGUCCUAGUUCCCUUCGCAGUCAUGAAAUGACUCACACUGGAGAAAAACCCUAUGAAUGUAAGGAAUGUGGGAAAGCAUUUAUUCAUCGUGUAAGCUUUGAAUGUCACAUGAGAAUACACACUGGAGAUAGACCUUAUAAGUGUGAGAUAUGUGGGAAAGCCUUUUAUUCUCUACGAUCAUUACAAAAGCAUGACAAAACUCACACUGGAGAGAAACCGUAUGAAUGCAAGCAAUGUGGGAAAGCCUUCAGUUGUUCCACUUCCUUUCGGAUACAUGAAAGGACGCACACUGGAGAGAAACCCUAUGAGUGUAAGCACUGUGGUAAAGCCUUCAGCUGUUCCAAGUACAUUCAAAUACAUGAAAGAAUGCACACUGGAGAGAAACCCUAUGAAUGUCAGCAAUGUGGGAAAGCCUUCCAUUAUGUCAGUUCCUUUCGUAGACAUGAAAGGGCUCACACUGAAGGGAAACCCUAUAAAUGUAAGUAUUGUGAUAAAGCCUUUACAUCUUCAACAAACUUUCAAAUACAUGAAAUAAUUCACACUGGAGAGAAGCCCUAUGAAUGUAAGGAAUGUGGAAAAACCUUCAUUCGUUCCAGUUCCUGUCAAAAACAUGAAAGAACUCAUACUAUUAAUAUAUGAGAAAAUCCAAUUAACAUAAG